AGACAUCACAGCUACAUUUGGAGUUGGGAGCAUUAGACCUAGUAUUUGGAUCAAACAAAAGUGAAGAAUACCAGUGAUGGAAGAAAACGAAAGACACAAAGGAGGAGAAGUAGAAAUAUGGAGUUGGGGUGCAGGCACCGAUGGGCAGCUAGGCACGACCAGGCUUGAAGAUGAACACCUACCUCAACUCCUAGAUCUCCCCCGUUUCUCCUCCGCCGGACCCAUCUCUCUCCUUGCCUGCGGCGGCGCUCAUGUUCUUGCCUUGACCACCGAUGGAAAGGUGGUGACAUGGGGAAGAGGCACAUCUGGUCAACUGGGUCAUGGGGACAUGGUUAGCAGCUUGCAACCCAAGCAUGUCAAGUUGUUGGAGAGCUUUGUUAUAACUCAUGUUUCUGCUGGAUGGAGCCACUCUGGCUUUGUUUCAGACACUGGGGGCUUGUUCACUUGCGGGGAUGGUUCAUUUGGCCAGCUUGGGCAUGGUGAUUGCAAGUCACAUUGCUCUCCAGUGAAAGUGUCAUACUUUGAUUCAAAGCAUGUUGAUCAGAUAGCAUGUGGUAUGCGCCAUUCGCUAGUCUUGUUGAAAGGCGCAGGUCUUUCAGGAGAUCAAAUAUAUGGGUUUGGGUCUGGAAAGCGUGGUCAACUGGGUGUUUCUAUGGAUAAUACCAGAUCAAUAAGUGUACCUCAGGCUACUGUUGGGCUUGAAGGUGUUGAAAUCAUUAGUAUUGAUGCCAAUGGGGAUCAUAGUGCAGCAUUAUCUGCUGAUGGGCAUUUGUACACCUGGGGAAGAGGAUUUGGCAGCACUUCAGAUGUUCACUGCCCUCGGUGUCUUCCAUCAUCUUUGUGCUUCACCCAAGUUGCUCUUGGAUGGAAUCACAUGUUAGUAUUAACAGGUGGAGGGGAAGUGUUUAUGCUUGGUGGCAACCGCCAUGGAGUCCUUGGUGAUCCUCAAAAAGGAAGCCAGGUGAAGCAUUUAUCUGAAGAAUCAAGAGAAGAAAAUCUGGAGAAAGUACAGGGUCUUGAUGGAUUAAAUGUUGUGCAGAUUGCGGCUGGAGCUGAGCACUCAGCCCUAGUAACAGAGCACAGGGUGAUAAAGACAUGGGGUUGGGGUGAACACGGUCAGCUUGGCUUAGGAAAUGCAUAUGAUCAAAUUAGCCCCCAGGCAGUACGUCUAGGCCACAGGCUUCCAGGCCAGCAUACCAUGAUCAAAGUUUACUGUGGAAGUGGGUUUACAUUUGCCAUAAAAGCAGUUAUCCCAUCUCAGACCUGAAGUCAUCCACAUUCAGAAUCUUGUGCAUUCAGCAGCCUGAGUAGCAGCAGCUAUGACAUCAAUUGGACCAUUCUCAGUCCAGCAUUGCUGUUCUCAAAGGCAGCAUAUAAGUCAUCCACCCUUCAGUCGGCUUGCAAGUUUGACAUGGCUGUUAUACUUGUUUCCCUUCGGUUGCCAGUUGCAUCACACAAUGUACAUACAUUGAUGGGAGAACUCUAAUACUUAUAAUCAAUUGUAUUCUACUGGCCAAGUGUUUCCAUGCUGU